CCGGCCGGGGGAGGCACGGUGGGGCCCCGCGCCUGCCGUGCCGUGUAAGAGGAAAAGUGGGGGGCGGGAGGAAAACCCUGUUCUUGCAAAAAUGCAGUUGGCUCUCUUCUUGUCCUGGUGCUGCUGCCUCCAUGGAUGCGCGCUAGGGACUGGCUUCCUCUAUCAAUUCCCAGCAUCAACCCUGCAGCACAACUACCCAGAGCAGAGCUCGGGCUCGCCGGGCAGCGGCUUCGCCAGUCGCCGGCAUUGGUGUCACUAUACAGUUACACGGACAGUUUCCUGCCAAGUGCAGAAUGGAUCAGAAACGGUGAUCCAGCGAGUUUAUCAGAGCUGCCGGUGGCCAGGACCUUGUGCCAACUUAGUGAGUUACAGGACUCUCAUCAGGCCCACGUACAAAAUGUCCUACCGAACUGUGACCACACUGGAGUGGAGAUGCUGUCCUGGCUUCACAGGGAGCAACUGUGAAGAGGGUUCAUCUGGCCGCCAGCAUGGUUACUUUUCCAACCAGGACCAAUGCAUGAACUGCACAAGACUAGCAGAUAUGACUGAGAGGCUAAACACGCUGGAGGCCAAGAUCCUUCUGCUCGAGGCUGCAGAGCGAAGCCCACCAUUGGAAAACAACCUGCCAAUCGCUGGGACGACAGCCACAUGGUAUGAUGAUUUACUACCGGAUGCCUUUCCCCUGCUGAAUCCCGGGACUGUCCUGAGAAAAACAGUGGGAUCUGUUGAGCCUAAAGGACACAGAGGUGCAGAGGAGCAGCUAAUACCACAGGGGCUGCCAGGACAGGUUGGUCCUCCAGGCCCAGUCGGACCAACUGGUCUUCCAGGACCACCAGGACCAAAAGGAGAGAAGGGACAACCCGGUGAGAGGGGCCCUGCAGGGCCACCAGGGCUGUUGGGACCUCAAGGACCGAGAGGACUUCCAGGAGAAACUGGGAUCCCAGGUCCCCCAGGUCCUCCAGGGCCACCAGCCACCCCAAGCCUCCCUCUUACCUUCCAACAAGGGGUUCUCUACUCGCUUCAGCCCACAGCUGAAAAAGAAAACGGAGAACCCCAGCUGGCCUCCACCGUCAUAGACACCAUCAUGGCAGGCCUGCCAGGACCACGGGGAGCCCCGGGCCCCAUUGGGCCACCAGGGCCACCAGGUGCAUCAGGACCCAAAGGGCCACCAGGACCUAUCGGAGUCCCUGGAUCACAAGGCUUACCGGGCUCUCCAGGACAACCUGGGCCAAAAGGCUCCAAAGGAGACCGAGGAGAGAGAGGGCAAGCAGGUCUGACUGGAGAGAGGGGCAUUAAGGGAUUUCCUGGUGAACCAGGCAAGAAGGGUGAGGAAGGUGACAAAGGUGCUGAUGGGGAAGGUGUUCAACAACUUCGAGAAGCUCUGAAGAUUUUAGCUGAGAGGGUAUUAAUUCUUGAGCACAUGAUAGGAAUUCAUGACUCUUUAUCUUCCAUUGAGCCAGGCUCUGGACAAGAUGUGAUCCCAGGCUCCCCUCUGCGAACCAGCAUCAAGAUCAAACGUGGAGGACCCCAGCAGCCGCAGGCCUACCAGAUCCUCUCUUCACUGCUGGAUGACAGUGAAGCCAAAAGGAGAAGCAAUCGGAUGAAGUAGGAGCAUCUGUGUGUUCUCCAUGCCUUUCACCAGUUAAAGAUACAGUAUCCCAGUGCUAAAUUGCAGAGUGCAAAUGAAGUGGGUAGGAGGCUGCAGUGUUGGCAGUUGGGGGGUUUCCUUACCUGGCCAAUACUACAUCCUUAUUGCAGGGAAUGUCUUAUCCAUAGCUCAGAGAGGGUCUUAUGAACGUUUUUCUUGAUUUUGUUGUUUUGCCUUUGGAAUACCAGAUGGCAGGUAUCCUCAGAAGCUGUCUACAGAAAUGACACCUCCUGACUCUGUCUCAAGAGUUUAAUCCUCCCCUUGUUUCCUUACUGCCCUUGAAAGUUACUCAGUUAAAGCACUGCUUAACUGGCUGAGACAAUCAGUCCCAUCUAGACUCAAAGCCAAGCCUUAGCCUUGUCCAUUGGUAUAGUUGAUGCCAUCUGCCUUUAUUCCAUGUGGUGGUGUCAUCUGCCUUCCAGGUGAAGAUACCCCUUUCAUAGGCCAUUAAAGCGUUCUUACCUGCAAGGUUUUCUUUUAAGCAAAGAACAAAUUGGAAAAUUCAAAGAACACUUAAAACUGUUACUCUGAAAAUUCAGGUUACUCUUUGGAAUUUAGCAUCAAAAUCUUGGCUUUCCAUGUUGCUUAUUGCAUGUGAGUGGCAUUAUUUCUAUUCGUGGUUAGCUAAGCAAGGACUUUUGAUGCAAAUGUUCACGGCAACAUUGGUUUUCUAUCUACAGUGAGAUUAGACUGUUUCUGUGAAAAUAUAGAGCAGUUUGUAUGAGAUAUGAUGGAAUUGUGCAAGCAUUUUCCCAUAUUGUGUUGAGCUUGUGCAUACAUCCAGAGAUAAUUAAGUAGUGGCAAUAAGUAUUCACAGAAAAGGAUAUUUUGCAAUAGUUUCUUAAUCCUACAUCAAUACGGAAAAAUGUUUUCACACUAUUUCACUUUUAUCUUGUGAGUAAAUCCUUGCCAUUUGAAUCUAGAGACAGUGUAGUAGCAAACCACAGCCUAAGGAAUUAGAGUCUUGUCAAAAGCUUAUCUUGCACUGGGAGUUAAAUACAAAGUCAUUUUACUUUUUGCAAUAACUUGUUAUUUUGGGGGAAGUCCCAGCUCCAGGGUUAAGUUGUUGAACCUGCCCUUCAGUGACAAAUGAAUCACUACACCUGCUGUACAAACCAAAUCGGACAAGUUGAUGUCAUUCAUGUAGACAGUGAUUUUUGUUUGAAAGGGUGAGGACUAAUCAACAGAACCAAUGGUGCUUUUUUUUGUUUUUGUUUUUGUUUUAUUUCCCUCCCCUCCUGCUCCAUUCUGACAGUUUUCAAAUUCAGCCUGGGACGAAAGUGAGGAAACUGAGUUUGUGUUUGUCAUUUUAUGGCGUUAAGUCAGGUAAAUUUGUGACAUUCUGGCUGGUUCCUAGUGCAAGAUACAGCUAUCUGAAAAAGGCAAACUGUACUGCUACAAUAUUUCUGUGAAAAAAAUGAAGGAGCUCUGCCAGCCCAGUGUUAGCCACACAUUAAAUUAACUUUCCAUAUACAUAGUAAACAUUGUAGACCUACAGAGACAUCAGCACAUCCGAAUCUUUCCUCCGAAGAGCAUUGUAUUUUCAGAAAUGAACAGGUUACAGGCUACUUCAGGAUGACUGAAUUCACUAUAUAUCUUUAUUUGGCCCUGGUCUUUAGAAAUUCAACCAUCCCUCUCAAAACAGGUGAAAUGGUGUAAGUUGAUGCUGAGCAAGCACCAGAAACUUGUCCUCCUGCAGAAGCUUUUUAUUGCCGUACAGCUAAAUAAUAAACAUCCUUGGUUUAAGCUGGCUUGGAGGCUGCAGUAAAUGCAUUUACUUGCCCUGCUUUUGAAUCCUCGCGCUGCUUGGCUAAUGCCAGUGCUGGAGCUCAUUCAGCAGUCAACCCACGUAGUUCAGGUUGUACAGGCUGUACUUCCAUAUGCUCAAGUUUUCCUUUGGACAUUUACAUUUCAAAGAAACAAGCCCAAAGGGUUACAAAAGUUUGGGGAGUUGAAGGCAAGGUACAAUCAGGUGCUCUCUUUCCCUAAGACUCAAACAUCUGAAGUGAAUGCAGAGUGUUGCCAAGAGCUGAUGCUUCAGGCUCCAGCAUUCCUUUGCCUGCCUGUACUCUGAAUUACAGCUGGAGCGUGAUGCAGUCAGAAAACAAGAAAGCAAGUAAAACUGCCCAAGUCAAGCAAGUUACUGACCUCAAGCAGUUGUCCUGUGUUCAUAAUCCUUUUGGGAGAAUGAAAUAAAGAAGUCUCCUGAAUGCAUCUUAGUUUCAAAUCCAGCACCAACUCUUAAUCCAGUGCUAACUCUAACAAUAGUAUGUAUAUAAAUGAUGCUGAAUUAAAUCAGUGUCUUAAGGAAGGCUGGCAACCAGCUUGCAGCCUAAAACCAGUCACAAAUACACACAGCUCAGGUCUUCAACAUUCAGCAAAUGCCUGAAGUGCUGUACAGCAGCCCAUGUCCCUCCAUGCUGAUAGAUUCUUGGAAUAAUCUUUCCAUUUAAGAAUUAAAUGUGCAGAAAAGAUGUUUCCCCAUUUACAGGCUGACUACCAUGUGGGAAUUGAGAAAUACUUGAUUACCUCGUUGUUGAAUAGGGACUGUCUUGGUCUUGAUCAUGUGGCCAUUACAAGACAUAGCUGGGGGCUUCCAGGAGAGAACCCCUUAUGCCUACAAUAGGUGUUGGAAAAUCAGGCCCUGAAGACUGAGGAGAAAUCCCAGUUCAGUCUAAUCAUGCACACUGGGCAGGCUGGUGCUAGCUGUAGUUGCUUGCCACAUUAAGGAAGUUUCCUCAUGGCAGUUUCAGGAACUAAACUAAAUGAAAGCAAUCUUUAAAAAGGGAAAUGGCAAAAUUUGGUUUCACUGGUCCUGUAGCUACAGGGUUGGAUUUGGGGAAGAGGGAGUACAAUAGGGCCAUUUUCACUUCCCUGACAUUUUUGAGCCUUCACACUGAAUUGAAAGAUAAAUUUUUCUUCUUCCAAGUUUGUCUUCCUGAAUUCAAAGGUAUUGCAUUAGCUUGAUGAGUAUUCUCUUCAAGUCAUUCAUAUUGACUAAGAUUUUGGAUUUUAAAUUAUUUAAAACAAAUUACUGGCAAGAUGAAAGGAAAUUUAAUGGCAGUUGUUUGCAGUGAAUCCUGCCAAGUCAAUUGUCAAAAGACUUGUUAGGUUUGGGUUGCAACCAUUUAAAUUAUUGGCCUUCCCAGAUUUCUGUAUGAGCUAUGUAAUUUUUUUCUCCCCACACUUCUUGCUUUAUUUAGCUACAUCUCUCUCUUAUGUGGUACUGUAUCUUUAAUUUGGGUGACAGUAGGAUUAUACCAAAUGGACUUUCUCUCUCAGCUGGGGUUUCAUUCCUCUCUACUUACACAAUGGUUGGACCACACUGUUGUGCAGUCCCAGUUUAAUUAUGUUUUAAAGGUGAACACAGCCUCACAUGCUGACAUUAAUGAUAUUCAUGACUAAGCAAACCACUCCGACCACAUUUUCCAUCUUAGGCAGGAUAGUAAGGUUCAUUUUAGCCAGGGCAUAUAGUGCAUCUUGCCAUGUCUGUGUAACUUAGAGAGUGGAUUUAUUUUGAAUGCGUGCUCAUUUAGAAAUAUAUUUUAAUUGAAGUGUUUAGUGCUUUAUCUUACAUGCAUACUGUGCAAUACCAUAGUGUGUUCUUUUCCUUUUUUUUCCCCUAAGGCUUUUUUGAAACUCGUAAUGUUUCUUUGAGCUCCAAUGUGCUUUUGACUUGGAUCGGUUCUGGUAGUAGUAAUGCAUUUUCCUUGCCUUGAGCUAACCGGAAGCAGCAGCAGCACAUUGCACAACCAAAAAUCUUUGCAAUUCCUGCACCCUGAUGUUCACCAGCAGUCUGGUACUCCUGGAAGGUGGAGAACGCUUCUCUCCAGAGUACCUAAUUUGCACUUACUGUAAAGAAUUGAUAGCAACCCAGGGAAAUAGGAAUAAACUAGAGAGAAGAGCCCUUACCUGCUCCCACCAAACUCCAGAGUAAUUUUGCCAUCAACUUUCACAGGAACAGGCCAUAAAAAUCAGAUCCAGCUCUUCAGCUAGCACAGACUGGUGCUGCUUUUAGUGGAGCAGAGCAUAUGGCUCACGAGUGGCUUUCUGAGAGUUUGGCUCUGGGACUGGGGUUCACUCCCAGUCUCUGUAAUGAACUCUUUUAAUGUAGGAACCUGACCACUGUGACAAAGGCUUCUAAAAGAAAAUCAGCUUCUGGAAUUACUUCUCGAUACAAUUUAUUGGAAAUCCAUUCUCCUCCACAUUUACAGCUUCUAUCUUACUCGAGAUUACAUUCCAUUCUGGUGUUUGGUGGUACAGGGGUUUACACUACUCACAGGUUCUGUGAUUGCAUUGAAACCAAGCAAUUCAAAGGUGCUAUAAUUGUUCACAAAGCACAUUCCCAUCCAUAGAAGGAAAUGUUAACUUUUUCAGUAGUUAUUUUACACAGUAUUUUUUUAUUUAUAUCGGUGUGUUUUGUAUGUGUGCAAAUGGUCCCGGCUUCUCUCAUUGUAAUAAGCUUUACAACCAUUUGGUCUUUUAUAGGGCAGCUGUACGCAGUAUCUUGCAAACGUGUAAUUUCUUAACUUAGAGCAAGAAUAAAUCUCAUCUGACACAAUGAACUCAUUUAUGGCAGGCUCUAAUGUUUGUUUUAAACACAACCUGUUCGUUCCACCUCUUGCAUGGUUACUUACCUGUUUUCAUAUUGCUAUGUUAUUGUUCAAAAUAUCUAUUUCUCUUUAUUUGCUAUGGGUUUUGUUACUGUAUAUGGAAUGUUUUGUAUUCAGCAUUUUCUUACAGAGCUGAGUGGGAACAGUAUUCAAGAACCCACAAAUACCAAAGACCUUUCAUGUAAUGCACUGAGAAAUAAACAUACUGUAAAUGAA